AUGAAACGCCAGAUCUUCGGCCUCACCAGGAUAGCGGCCUCCACUUGUGGAUGUAGCGCGGCUCGAGCCCGGGAGGUAUACACCAAAGUGGUACAAAGCGCCAUCGCCUUUGGCGCGACGGCGUGGCAUACGCCAUCGGAGGGCAACCAGGCCCGAGGGCUAGCGAGGAAGAUGCUCACCACGCAAGCGGCGUAA